AUGGCUUCCAACGGUGAUGCAGCUGCCAACCCCCGCAGCGAGUCGCCAACGAGAUCCCCUCGAUCAGCUUCGAUAUCCUUGCAGGCUGCUGCUACCAUGAACGCAGGGCUCCAGCAUGAACCCACGCGCAGAUCUUCUAGCACCUCCCUCUCGCGAAACCGUUCCUCCCCUCAAGCGGGCCGUCGACGAUCCGUCGUCCUCAUGAACCUCCACCUCAACGAUCCCUCCGUGCCAGCCCCAGGCGAGAUGGUCCACGAGCAUUCCGCAAACCGGGCUUCCAGCCCGCAGCCACUCUCCGGCUCGCCUUUGUUGGCAGAUCCCCAUCAUCACCGGGCCCCGAGCCUGGGCGAGCUCCAUCAGGAACUGGAAGCGGAACAGGAAGCGCAUGUCAACCGCCUCCUCCAUAUGAUUCGGCAGCAGCAACUUGAACUCCAGCGGCUUCAGGCCGGCCAGCCACAGAACCAGAGCUCGGCCGUUGACGACACCAUCUCUGAACGAUCGGGGCACGGUACUCCCCAAGCAUCCACGUCCCACAUCAACAUCCCAUCCGUGCCAUCUGGUGGCUCCUUUCCUCGCUCUGCAGGCUCUCGUCACCCACGAAGCUCUUUCGACAUGGCCCGCGCUGAUCUCCAACGACGGUCUAGAACACCUAGCCGUGGGGCAUCCCCGAGAAUGCGCUCGACCUCCAUCGGCGGUGAGAGCGGCGAAUGGGUCCUGGGAGGCCGCGAUGAAAGCGCAUUCUACCAGGCCGAGACCCAAAUGUUGACUCGGGAGAACCAGAUGCUGAAAUUACGAGUGGCUGAGCUGGAGCGUGAGAAAGACAGACUGUACUCUGUCGGCUCCCCGGCUACUCAUGGACCGCCUCAUCACUCUAAUCUGACGAGGUCAUCGACCGUGGCAGACAGGGAAGAAGGAACCACUACUACGGAAUCACCAAGAGAUGUCUAA